GUCUGAAGCUGGUGGGAGGGGGAGGAGUUGGUGGGGGGCAGUUUACUAUCCUUAUACACACACACAUACACAUACAGACACACUCUCGCUUUCCCUCUACCAACUACCCCCCCUCACUACCACCACCCACCCACCCUUCCUCGUGCCACAGCGCGCGCGCUCAGAGAGAGAGAGAUUCCGAGCGCGAGAGAGAGUGAAAGCCAUGGCUUGGGUGCGCACGUGCGUUCUGCUGUCCUGUGUGUGUCAGGUCUGGUCCAGUGCUCCAACUGAGGCCAGCAUCUAUUUGGAUAACAUCACGCGCAUUCUGGACAGAUUACUGGAUGGAUAUGACAACAGACUGCGACCGGGAUUUGGAGGUCCUGUUACGGAGGUUAAAACCGACAUUUUUGUCACCAGCUUUGGUCCUGUGUCGGAUGUGGAAAUGGAAUAUACGAUGGACGUGUUUUUCCGUCAGACGUGGAUAGACGAGCGGCUCAAGUUCGAGGGCCCCAUCGACAUCCUGCGCCUGAACAACCUGAUGGUCAGCAAAAUCUGGACUCCGGACACGUUCUUCCGCAAUGGCAAGCGCUCCAUUUCCCACAACAUGACCACUCCCAACAAGCUGUUCCGCAUCAUGCAGAACGGAACUAUCCUCUACACCAUGAGAUUAACCAUCAACGCAGAAUGUCCCAUGAGGCUGAUAAACUUUCCCAUGGAUGGUCACUCUUGCCCUCUGAAGUUUGGCAGCUAUGCGUAUCCUGUCAGUGAAAUCGUAUAUACGUGGAAGAAAGGGCCGCUGUUUUCGGUGGAGGUCCCGCAGGAGUCGUCCAGCCUGCUUCAGUACGACCUGAUGGGACAGACUGUAUCGAGUGAACGAUUAAAAUCCAACACAGGAGAGUACAUAGUCAUGACAGUUCACUUCCACCUUCAGAGGAAAAUGGGAUUUUUCCUGAUUCAGACGUACAUCCCCUGCAUCAUGACCGUCAUCCUCGCCCAGGUUUCCUUCUGGAUCAACAAAGAGUCCGUUCCUGCCAGAACUGUGUUCGGAAUCACCACUGUACUAACAAUGACCACUCUGAGUAUCAGUGCUCGUCACUCACUGCCGAAAGUCUCGUACGCCACAGCUAUGGACUGGUUCAUCGCCGUCUGCUUCGCCUUCGUCUUCUCCGCCCUAAUAGAGUUCGCCGCUGUCAAUUAUUUCUCAACUCUACAGGCCAACCGGGAGCUACGCCGGGCCAGCGCCGCCCGUGCUACCAUGGCGGCGGCUGCCGGCAACGACGGAGAAGUAGUUUCGCCUCCACUGGACCCCGGGGGUGUGCUGAAGAAGAGGCUAAAUUCUUUGUCCCAGAGGGAAAUACCCCCUCGUUUCACCACCCCGCCCCCAUCGGACUUCCGCCAGCAGGGUUCUGCCGUGCCCACUAAUGCCAUGUUAGCAGGAACCAGCAUCAUCGAUAAAUACUCACGCAUCCUCUUCCCUCUGAGCUUUGGCGCCUUCAACCUGGUCUACUGGAUCGUCUACCUGACCAAAGACACCAUGGAGUCCAGGGACGUGUGAGACCCUCACAGACCCCUCAGCACAAUCUCAGGAGACGGAGGAUAAAUGGACAGGUGGAUGGACAGGUGGAGGGACAGG